AGGACUUGAACCGCUCAAAGACUGAAUUUGAAUGAAAGUUGAAUGUCACUCAUUGUCAUGUCAUAAUUACGAGAGCAAGAGGCGGAGGAGAGAAAGGAGAUCGUAGAUACGCAUCCUUGUUGAAGUCAAUGAGAACUUCUCUUCGGUGGAAACGGCCGUUAGUGAAGGAGCUUCAGGACGUUUGGAGAUCUCAGAAAUGCUUUUGAUGGUCUCAGCCGGCGAUAUCGCUCCGUUCAUGGUCAGAACAAAACUGAGAGACCAUUUCAAUGACUCAAUGUGCUCGUUUUGAAGAGCAAAGGAGACAUUUCUAUAGGAUUUUCAGUCCGGAGACGUGAUGUCUGCCAGCGCUCGUGCCCUUCUCUUAGUAUUGCUGAGUGUGCUUCAGGCAAAUGGCCAGACGGAGAUGAAGAGGGUGGUCGGAGACAAUGCCACACUGCCUUGCCACCAUCAACUGUGGCAAGCCGACAUCUCCCUGCUGGACAUUGAAUGGAUGCUGCAUAAAUCCAGCUCCCGGCAGACAGUGUUGAUCACGUACUUUGGGGGUCGGAUCUACGCCCCCAACGAGAGCGAAGAUGGGCGGCUGUCCCUAGCGGGCGACUAUCUGAAGGGUGAUGCUUCGCUCAUGAUCAGUGACCUCUCGCUCACCGACUCCGGAGAAUACAUCUGCAAGGUCAAGAACGGCGGGAAGUACUACUGGAACACAGUCAAACUCAUCGUGCUCUUGAAGCCGUCCAAGCCACGCUGUUGGAUGGAGGGUCGUCUGCUAGAAGGAAGUGAUGUCAGACUGAGCUGCAAGUCCACAGAUGGUUCUGACCCGAUCAGCUACAAAUGGGAGAGAGUCUUGGACAAGGGGAAAUAUGUUGGCAAGCUCCCACCUCUGGCCCUCAUAGAUCUGAAGAACCCUGAGAUUGUUACGCUGAAAAAUCUGACGAGGGAAAGUGCGGGUGUCUAUAAAUGCACCGCCAGCAAUGAUGUCGGAGAAGAAAACUGCACUUUAGAGGUCAAAGUUCACUAUGUCCGUGGAAUGGGCGUGGUGGCUGGUGCCGUGGUGGGCGUGUCCUUCGGCGUUCUCCUCAUCAUCCUCAUCGUCUGGCUUGUUUUUCGCAAGAAAGAGAAGAAGAAAUACGAGGAGGAGGAAGCGCCCAAUGAAAUAAGGGAAGAUGCAGAAGCUCCCAAAGCCAAACUGGUGAAGCCAAACUCUCUCUCCUCCUCUCGCUCCGGUAGUUCUCGCUCUGGAGCCUCCUCCACUCAAUCUAUGGUGCACAACAGCGCCCCCCGUGGGCCCAGGCCUCGACUGCCCGUGGUGGCUGCCCUUAAAGAAAGCGGGCAGCCCGAAAACUUUCCUUCAGUACCACCGCCGUACAACCAUGUAGUCCCCAAACCUCCGGAGCCCAGCAGUAGCCCGAAACCCAGCCCGGCAAAGCUCAACCCAGGAAACCUGGUGAGGAUGGGCGCCACACCGGUGAUGAUCCCCGCGCAAACCAAGGCAUUCCAGACUGUGUAGGAAUAAAAAAAAAAACACACAUAAACACACACACACACACAAACAGAUAAAUACACUCACCGCAGCCAGUAUCAACUCCCACAUCUGGUAUCAGGACCAUUCCCAAAGGAUUUCCCAUUCCCUGCGGAAAACCCAGGUGGUCAGGCCGUUUGUUUCAACACAAAAUAAAUGCUUUUGUUGUUUUUAUGUGCACACUGAAGUGGAACGAGACCCCUCGUGGAGUGUAUGUAUUUUUAAAGGGUAAAAAAGGGGGGUUUGGAUGUGAGGGUUGUGCCUUGUUUUGUUAUGGUGGUUUGAGCAAACAAAAGAGGCAGAUAUGAACAGAGAUUCAGCUCUACCUUUACCCAGACAGACAACCUGUCUACCUGACCACACACUUCCUGUCCUCGCUGGGUUUGAUCUGACAGCUACAGGACUGGAGGAGAAACUCACAUAAGCGGACUCUUUCCGGCACCUGCUCGUCCGCCCCUACAAGGAUUCACAUCUGCCACUCAUUUCCUCAGCCAAUCAGCAUUUGCCAGGCAGCCCAGCAGGUAUCACACCUCAACAGCCAAUGGCAGGUCACCUGCUGGGCGCAGACUCUACGAUUGGCCCAGAACGAGGAGAAAUCAACACGCUACGAUAUAAACAAUGACAGUAAAUUUGUUUGUUCCUCAUUAGAGCUAUGAAUAUUCCAUAUGAAUAGACGUAUUCCAUAUUUAACAGGUAUUUAUAGGAAUUCCAUAUAAAUAUAUUUCAGUUAAAGUAUCUAACAGCAUUCGUAACGUGUGUGCACAAUCCCUUUAAAUCAUUCACUCACAUUCUUCAGGAUAAUGCAUACAGUAUCUUCAGUAAUGAGGUUGAUCGUCUCAAUGGGGAAAUGGUUUGGCUCGGCUUUGGCUCCUGGUAUUUGCAAUUGAAAUCAGAUGUCUGGUUGGUGCAUCCCAUUGGAUGCAAGCAUGAUGAGGUUGGGUCAGGCUUAUUCAGUGCUGGUUUAUUUAGAUCUGAAGUGUCUAACCGAUUAGGAUGAAACCGACAAUUAGCCCACACACGAUCUGACUGCGUGGAAAGCACUAGUUCUACAGAUUUCAAACUUUUUGACUCUAAGGCCCCCAAUUAUCCAACACAAUUUAAAGCUAUUUCUGAUUGUUUUUAGUGCUGUCAAACGAUUAACCGAGAUUAAUUGCAUCCAAAAUAAAGGUUUGUUUACAUAAUAUGUGUGUGUACUGUCUAUAUUUAUUAUGUAUAAACACACAUGCAUGAAUAUAUUU